CAACUUAGUUAACAAAAAAACAAUUAUGAAUAAAUUCUUCAAAAAUUCCUUACUACAGCCGCAGACCCGUUAUCAGUUGUUGGCCACAGUCAUAGUUAAUAUCAUAACGUUUGGCCAUGGUGUGGGCGUUGGCUGGCUAUCGCCCACCUUAACCAAAAUAUCUACUUCCGAUUCGCCAUUGGACUUUGAAGUGGGCAUAAGUGAGAUAUCCUGGCUGGGUUCCAUGUUGGGCUUAGGCAGUUUAUGUGGCAAUCUAACUAUAGCGUUUCUCCUGGAACGUAUGGGUAGAAAGUUUUGCAUAUAUCUACUGGCAGGUCCCUAUGCGUGUCUUUGGAUAUUGAUAUAUUACGCCUCCAAUGUGGCUUACCUAUAUGCAGCUCGUUUUCUUUGCGGCUUCACGGGUGGAGCUGGCUAUGUGGUGGUACCCAUAUUCAUCAGUGAAGUGGCAGACAGCAGAAUUCGGGGAUCUUUAACUUCUAUGGUUAUGCUCUCCGUUAAUUUGGGCAUUUUAGCUGGAUACAUUUUGAGCACUUAUCUGGCUUAUCAUAUUGUGCCGUUUCUGGCAAUUGGUUUACCAAUCGCCUACUUUGUGGCCAAUCUUAUGCUACCCGAAACGGCGCCCUAUUUACUGAAACGCAGUCAAUUGCUGGCAGCAGAGAGUUCGUUUCGCUAUUACCAGAAUAAAGAGGACACAUCAGUGGAUUUUAAUGAAUUAAAAACUGCCAUCACAUCUCAACAAGCUCAGAGUGACACGGCUAUAACCUACAAGGACCUGAUUACAAAACCAGCCAUUAAAGCCUUCACUUCGUCAAUUGUCCUGUCCACUGGAUAUCAGUUUAGCGGUGUCUUUAGCUUUAUCAACUAUAUGUCUGAUAUAUUUGCCUCAUCGGGUUCGAUAUUGGAUGUGAACACUUGCACUAUAAUAGUUGGCGUAGUACAGAUUGUAGGUGUCUACACAUCGACGAUGUUUGUGGACAUUGUGGGUCGCCGCAUACUGAUGCUAAUCUCUACUCUGGGCAUUGGUCUGGGUUGUAUAGCCUUUGGAUGUUUUACCUUCUAUGCCCAGCAAUAUGAUCUUAGCGGAUUCAAUUGGUUGCCCUUGGUAUUGAUGAUUCUGAUCAUAUACUUGGCCAAUAUUGGUUUGAUUGGGCUAUUCUUUGUGGUUUUGGUGGAACUAUUUCCGGCCAAGAUUCGCUCUUUGGCCACUUCCAUGUCUGUGGUAUUUCUAAGUCUCCUGGUCUUUUGCACUUUAAAAUUAUUUCCAUUACUUUUACAUUAUUAUGGCAUUUCUAUUACUAUGUGGUUCUCGGCCAUUUCCAGUCUAUUGACAUUCUUCUAUUUCUUUGUUUUCUUGGAUGAAACUAAAGGCAAAUCCAUGAUAGAAGAUUAAGCAAAAUCUAAGAUAGAAGACAUAGCAAAUUUGUAAAAAAACGAAACCUGA